AUGCACAAAAGGAAGUUGUACUUGACUCAGCAGAAAAGGCAAACCACUUUACCAUUUCAGCCAUCUGGGACAUGUUCUGGUAUUGUCACUCAUCCUUAUAUUAUUUCUGGUGCUAAAUAUGAGCAAGAAAAAAUGAGAGAACUUAUUGCCACAAUUGUUUUAAUGCAUGAACAUCCUUUUAGCAUUGUGAAGGAAGACGGAUUCAUAUUUAUGUUGAAGUAUUCAAAUCUAGAAUUUGAAAGAAUUUCACAUAAAAUAAUGAAAAAUGAUUGCAUGGCAAUAUAUGAGAUAGAGAAGAAAAGGCUCAAGGCUCUACUAAAGAAUGAUAGUCUUGUUGAGAUUAAAGGUAUAAUUGAGAAUGUACAUGAAAGUUUUAAAUAUGUCAACCACUCUGAUGCAAGGUUGAAGUUAUUUUCUGAUAUUGCUCAGCAGCUUCAAUUGAAAGAUAGGAAGUUGAUAAUUAACUGUCCCACUCGCUGGAACUUGACUUAUGAGAUGUUAUUUGCUACUCUAAAGUUCAGAGAAGUUUUUCCAAGGUUCAAGGAUAGGGAGCCUCAUUAUGAUCAUUUGCCUGAGCCUGAGGAUUGGGAAAAGGUGGAGAUGGUUUGUGAGGUUUUAAAAGUGUUCAACACAGCCACUCAUGUUAUAUCAGAUAGUGAUUAUCCCAUUGCUAAUUUGUAUCUUACUGAAAUUUAUAGAGUGAAGGAAGUCAUUGAUAAUGCAGCAAUGAAUGGUAACAACUUCAUGUGUUGUGUGGCUUUGUCAAUGAAAGAAAAAUUUGAUAAAUAUUGGGAACCAUGCAAUUUAGUGAUGGCUAUUGCAUAUGUUUUAGAUUCAAGGUUCAAACUCUUUGGGGUUAAGAUGAUCUAUCCAAUGAUUUAUCAUCCAGAGUCUGAGGCUGUAAAGAAUGUAAGAAUUGUGGAGGAAGGAUUACACAAGUUAUAUGCUGAGUAUGAUUCUUUAUAA